AUGAGCGCAACCACAACCUCCCCCACAGCCACCUCUGCAAUAGCAUCCGCCACCCAAACCUGCACCAACCCUAAGCCUGGCAAGAAUGGCUACCUCCCACCCGAAGCAUGCGACGUGAUUCUCCCGUACGUGCCCUCACUAGCAGCCGCCGUGCUCUUCUGCGUGCUGUACGGCCUAACCCUCAUCUGUCAUGUUAUUCAAGCCUUCCUAUACAAAAAGCGGUACGCCUGGGUCAUCAUCAUGGGAGCCACCUGGGAACUCAUCGCCUUCAUCUUCCGGGCCCUGCUCACCCUCCACCAAAACAACUCCAAUUACGACACCAUUUACACCAUCAUGUUCCUCCUCGCACCACUCUGGAUCAACGCCUUCCUCUACAUGACCCUCGGCCGCCUAAUCCACUACUUCCUCCCCACGCAAACCCUCGCGCAUAUCACCUCAACGAAAUACGGCCGGAUCUUCAUCUGGCUGGACAUCCUGGCCUUCCUGGUGCAACUCGCCGGCGCAGCCAUCACCACCUCCACCGACGCCCCCACCCGCACCAUCAUGCUAGGCGUCCACAUCUACAUGGGUGGCAUCGGGCUCCAAGAGCUCUUCAUUGUGAUCUUCACGGGAUUGACGAUCCAUUUGCAUCGCCGGAUGGUGGAUCUUGAGCGGAUGGGACAGUUACCAGAAGACAGAGUAUCCCGAUCGAAUGUGCCGUGGAGGUGGUUAUUCUAUGUAAUGUAUACCGUGUUGGGACUUAUUACCAUCCGCAUCAUCUUCCGAUUAGCCCAAUACGCCCAAGGCACCUCAACCAGUAACCCGGUGCUGACGCACGAAAGCUACGAGUAUAUCUUCGAUGCGGUGCCGAUGUUUCUGGCGCUGGGGUUGUUGAAUGCGGUGCAUCCGGGACGGGUGUUGCGGGGGGUGGAGUCGGAGUUUCCGCGGGUAAGGAGGGGGGAGAAGAGGGUGAUGAAAGAGGAGAGGAGGAGGGUUAAAGAGGAGAGGAGGCGGGUGAGGCGGGAGGAGAGGGAGAUGAGGAAGGGUGGGGGUGGGGGUGGGGGUGGGUGGUGGGGGAAGAGGGAGAGGGCGACGGAGAGGGAGAGUGAUAUGUUCGAGGUUCUUUCGGUGGGGGAGGAGGGGGGUGUGAGGAGGGUGUAG